AUGGCCUCUAACCCCUCCACUGCCCUUCGCGGCAAGGUUGCUCUUAUCACUGGUGCUUCUAAAGGCAUCGGCAAGGCCUCAGCUAUCGCACUCGCACGUCUUGGCGCCACAGUGGUCAUCAACUAUUCUUCGGAUGAGCAAGCUGCACAAGACACUCUCGCCGAAGUGCAAAAGCUAGGUGUAGGUGAAGCACGCCUUGUACGCGCUGACGCUAGCUCCGUGGAAGGCGUGCAGUCACUUGUCAAGCAGACCGUCGACACCUAUUCUAAGAUCGAUGUACUUGUACCGAACGCUGGUGUCCUACCUAUGAAAGACCUCGAGCAUACCACUGAGGCUGAUUUCGACCGUACUUUUGCUAUCAAUGUCAAGGGCCCCUAUUUUCUCGCCCAGGCUGCCGCACCGCACAUGUCUCCUGGCUCGCACAUCAUCUUCUUAUCAACCACGUUGACCACAGCAUCUACUGUCAUGCCGGGCUACUUGCUGUACAACAGUACCAAAGGUGCUAUCGAGCAGAUGACUCGCGUGAUGAGCAAGGAUCUCGGACGCAAGGGUAUCCUCGUCAACGCUGUGGCGCCCGGUCCUACGGGGACCGAGCUGUUCUUUCGCGGCAAGAGUGACGAGUUGCUUAAGACCAUCGCAAAUUUUAGUCCCCAGGGCCGCAUUGGUACUCCUGAGGAGAUUGCCGAAGUUAUCGUCUUCCUAGCCCACUCAACCUGGGUUUCGGGCCAGGUGCUCCGCGCUAAUGGGGGCAUGGCUUAA